UGUAACAGUGUGAUACCAGAUCAAACCUUGGCAACUCAAGAAUUCUCAUCUGAAAUGUGGUCCUAAAUCCAUUGAUGGAUUUUGUAAAUCUUUUCACAGGAUAAAAAUGAGAAGGAAUUUGUCACCGGGAAUCUCAAACACAGUCCGCCAGUUUUGCUGUCUCUGUCUGGAUAUUUAAGAAGUCGAGCAAGGAUAUUCAAUCAACCAUCCUUCCUGCUCAGACUGUGGGGAGGGAUUUAUUCGGUCAUCUCAACUGAAGGUACAUCAGCAAGUUCACACUGGGCAGGGCCAUUCACCUGUUCUGUGUGUGAAAAAGGAUUCAGUUGGUCUUCCCGCCUGUGGACACACCAGUCAGUUCACACCACACCGGGCGGAGGCUGGUCAUCUGUUGAAUUUCUGGGAAAGGAUUCACUCAGUCAUUUGACCUAAUGGCUCACCAGCAAGUUCACACUGGGGAGAAGCCGUUCACCUGUUCAGUCUGUGGGAAGGGAUUCACUCAGGCAUCCAACCUACGGAGACAUCAGCGAGUUCACACUGGGGAGAAGCCAUUCACCUGUUCAGUCUGUGGGAAGGGAUUCACUCAGACAUCCAACCUACGGAGACAUCAGCGAGUUCAUACUGGGGAGAAGCCAUUCACCUGCUCAGAAUGUGGGAAAGGAUUCAGUGAGUUAUCCAACCUACUGGUACAUCAGCGAGUUCACACUGGGGAGAAGCCGUUCACCUGCUCAGAAUGUGGGAAAGGAUUCCGUGAGUUAUCCAGCCUACUGAGACAUCGGCGAGUUCACACUGGGGAGAAGCCGUUCACCUGCUCAGAAUGUGGGAAAGGAUUCCGUGAGUUAUCCAGCCUACUGAGACAUCGUCGAGUUCACACUGGGGAAAAGCCAUUUACCUGCUCAGAAUGUGGGAAAGGAUUUACUGAUUCAUCCACCCUACAGAGUCAUCAGCGACUUCACACUGGGGAGAAGCCGUACACCUGUUCAGAAUGUGGGAAGAGUUUUACUCAGUUAUCCCAAGUACAGAGUCAUCUGCGAGUUCACACUGGGGAGAGGCCAUUCACCUGCUCAGACUGUGGGAGCAGAUUCACUCAUUUAUCCAGCCUACAGAGACAUCAGCGAGUUCACACUGGGGAGAAGCCAUUCAUCUGCUCAGAAUGUGGAAAGGGAUUCAUUCAGUUAUCCCACCUACAGAGUCAUCAGCGAGUUCACACUGGGGAGAAGCCAUUCACCUGCUCAGUCUGUGGGAAGGGAUUCACUGAUCCUUCCAACCUGCAGAGUCAUCAUCGAGUUCACACUGGGGAGAAGCCGUUCACCUGUUCAGAAUGUGGGAAGAGAUUUACUCAGUCAUCCCAACUACAGAGUCAUAAGCGAGUUCACACUGGGGAGAAGCCGUUCACCUGCUCAGUCUGUGGGAAGAGAUUCACUCAUUCAUCCACCCUACAGCGACACCAGCGAGCUCACACUGGGGAGAAGCCGUUCAUCUGUUCAGUCUGUGGGAAGAGAUUCACAGAGUCAUCCCACCUAUUGAGCCAUCAGCGAGUUCACACUGGGGAGAAGCCAUUCACCUGCUCAGUCUGUGGGAAGAGAUUCACUGAUCCAUCCAGCCUACAGAGUCAUCAUCGAGUUCACACUGGGGAGAAGCCGUUCACCUGCUCAGAAUGUGGGAAGGGAUUUACCCAGUCAUCCCAACUACAGAGUCAUCAGCGAGUUCACACUGGGGAGAAGCCGUUCACCUGCUCAGAAUGUGGGAAGGGAUUUACCCAGUCAUCCCAACUACAGAGUCAUCAGCGAGUUCACACUGGGGAGAAGCCGUUCACCUGUUCAGAAUGUGGGAAGAGAUUUACUCAGUCAUCCCAUCUACAGAGUCAUCAGCGAGUUCACACUAGGGAGAAGCCGUUCACCUGCUCAGAAUGUGGGAAGGGAUUCACUCAAUCUUCCACCCUACUGAGACAUGAGCGUGUUCACACCGGUGAGAAGCCGUUCAAUUGCACAGAAUGUGGGAAACGGUUCACUCUGUCAUCCCACCUUCUGGAACACCAGCGAGUUCACACUGGGGAGAUGCCGUUCCCCUGCUCAGAAUGUGGGAAGAGAUUCACUCAGUCAUCCCACCUACAGAGUCAUCAGCGAGUUCACACUGGAGAGAGGCCAUUCACCUGCUCAGACUGUGGGAGCAGAUUCACUCAUUUAUCCAGCCUACAGAGACAUCAGCGAGUUCACACUGGGGAGAAGCCGUUCAUCUGCUUCGUCUGUGGGAAGAGAUUCACUGAGUCAUCCAGAUUACUGGAACAUCAGCGAGUUCACACUGGAGAGAGGCCAUUCACCUGCUCAGAAUUCUGUGGGAAGAGAUUCAUUAAAUCAUCCCACCUGCUGAGUCAUCAGCGAGUUCACACUGGGGAGAAGCCGUUCACCUGCUCAGAAUGUGGGAAGAGAUUCUCUGAGUUAUCCAACCUACAGAAUCAUCAGCGAGUUCACACUGGGGAGAAGCCAUUCACCUGCUCAGAAUGUGGGAAGGGAUUCACUCAGUCAUCCCACCUGCAGAGACACCAGCGAGUUCACACUGGGGAGAAGCCGUUCACCUGCUCAGACUGUGGGAAGAGCUUCACUCACUUAUGCAACCUACAGAAUCAUCAGCCAGUUCACACUGGGGAGAGGCCAUUCACCUGCUCAGAAUGUGGGAAGGGAUUUACUCAGUCAUCCAGCCUACUGAGUCAUCAGCGAGUUCACACAGGGGAGAGGCCCUUCACCUGCUCAGAAUGUGGGAAGGGAUUCACUCAGUCAUCCCAUCUGAAGGUUCAUCAGCGAGUUCACACUGGGGAGAAGCCAUUCAUCUGCUCAGUCUGUGGAAAGGGAUUCACUGAUUCAUCCACCCGGCAGAAACAUCAGCGAGUUCACACUGGGGAGAAGUCGUUCACCUGCUCAGAAUGUGGGAAGGGAUUCACGGAUUCAUCCUGCCUACUGGUACAUCAGCGAGUUCACACUAGGGAGAAGCCGUUCACCUGCUCAGAAUGUGGGAAGGGAUUCACUCAGUCAUCCCACCUGCAGAGACAUCAGCGAGUUCACACUGGGGAGAAGCCAUUCAAAUGCUCAGAAUGUGGGAAGAGAUUCACUCAAUCUUCCACCCUACAGGCACACCAGCGAAUUCACACUGGGGAGAAGCCAUUCACUUGCUCAGUCUGUGGGAAACAAUUCACUCUGUCAUUCCAACUACUGAAACACCAGCGAGUUCACACAGGGGAAAGGCCAUUCGCCUGCUCAAAAUGUGGGAAGAGAUUCGCUGGAUCAUCCAACCUACAGAGACAUCAGCAAGUUCACACUGGGGAGAAGCCGUUCACUUGCUCAGUCUGUGGGAAAGGAUUCACUCAGUCGUCCCAACUACUGGCUCACCAGUCAAUUCACAAUGGGGAGUGGCCAUAGUUAUGAAUCCCCGGGUUUCGUUUGCUGUGGGCUGUCAUUUUAAGAGAGAGCGAGAGAGAUUAAGAAGGUGAAUCAGUCCGACUUGCAGCUUGUUUACAUUGCUCGCAGCUUGUUUCCUUUUAACCAAGGACACAGACAAUCAGAGUCAGACGGAGACGAAGGAGGAAAAAUGGAAGGAUCGAAACCAGGGAACUAGAGGCCAAGGGUCACUGUUUGGAACUUUCCUAUGCCCACAAGGGUGGGUUAAUUAUCGAUUCACCAUACAUCGUAUGUGUAGUUGUCACCGCGUUUGAUCCAUAGGAGUGGAUCUGAUUUGUGGUGUCCUAUGAAGACCACAGAUGUGUUAACCCUUCCCUGGGUGUGGUGUGGUAAUUCACUUGAAGAUGAUACCGCUUGUGACAAGUCACUUUCGGUGAUAAAUCUUAUGAGGGUUUGGAAUGACGACAAAUAAAAUCGAUAGCGACUGUUGUGUGGUUUUACCACCAUGGAACCUGUGGAAUUCAACAUAAUUGCCUUCUCUCAACAUUUACCCUGGAUUACAAAUAUCUCUCUCAUCACCUGAACUUUCAUACUUUGCUAUCUCAAGAAUCCAAGCCUUGUUUCUCCAGAGCUCAAUAGUUUGGGAGUUUUAUUUAAACACAUAUAUACACAUAACAUUGUUAACUUUUGUUUAUCUUGCAUAAGUUACUAUAUUACAAGUAGAUUCUAAUAAAGAUAGUUUUAACAUUAAAAACAGACUCCAGGUAUAGUCUAUUGCUGCUGGUUCAUUUCUAAAACGUUAUGAUUCGUAACAAAAUUGGGGCCUGCAUCCAGUAUAUGAACAGAUUUGGGGGCGUAUUCAUUAAUUAUCAAUUUCAUCCCUUUUCAUUUAUUGGUGUGUGGAAAAUCAGCAGCAAUGGAUGCUGACCAACCUCUGAGGCAUUAGAGGAUGCCAGAAGGAUUGAGUUGUUGAGACUUGCUAGAAGGUUAAAACUUGCUAAGGUGAAAUUGACAAUGAGGAGGGCACAGAUGCAGAGGAUAAUAGCUGAACAUUAUGUAUCUGAGGGUGUGUUUAAAGUGGAGGAGUUGGAGGUGUUUCCUGAAAGUAAACCUAGUGAGCUUGAGCUCCAGUACAAGUGAGAAAAAUUAAACUGGAGGCUGCGGAAAGGCAGAGGCAGUUUGAGGCUAGAGAAGCAGAAAAAAACAGAGAAGAGGCAGAAAAAUAGAGGGAGGAAACAGAAAGACAGAGGCUGUUUGAGCUGGAAAAGAUAAAGAGGUUGCAGCAAAGGAGUCCAGCGUUUUUCUCUGGUGAUAAAUUUGAGGCCAGUUGGGAAGUUAAAUUGGUCCCUCCAUUUGACGAGGCAGAGAUUGAUAAAUACUUUCAGCAUUUUGAGAAGGUUGCUCAGAGUUUAAAGUGGCCAGAAGGGGUUUGGCUUAUUCUCUUACAAAGUGUAAUUAAGGGGAAGGCUCAGCAAGCCUAUUCUGCUUUGACAGUUGAUGAAGCAGCUGAUUAUGACAUAGUGAAACAGGCUGUGCUCAAAGCUACGAGUUUGUCCCAGAAUCAUACAGGCAAAAGUUUAGAAAUUUGAGGAAAUCCGUGAACCAGACUUUUAUGGAAUUUGCUUAUGAGAAGAUAGUGUGUUUUGACCGCUGGUGCACAUAUAAAAAUGUGAAUGAUGAUUUUAACAGCUUGAAAGAGUUGGCUUUAAUUGAAGAAUUCAAAAGGUGCGUCCCUGAUGACAUAAAGAGAUAUUUAGAAGAAAAGGAUGCUGCCACUUUGCAGGAGUCUGGGAAACAGUUGAAGGAGAAAUAUUCUGGUCUUACUUGUUACUAUUGUAAGAAAGCUGGACAUGUGAUGGCUGAUUGUUCAGUCCUGAAGAUGAAAAAGGAAAAUGAGGCAGUCCCAAAUGCCCGUGGUCAGUAUGUUGAAGCACCUAUAAAUCCGUAGGGUCCUGAACAUUCUAUUGAGGCUCAGUUAAGGUCUGAGAGGUCUGACCGAGUUAAGAAGGGAUUAGAUCAUUUUAUGUCAGAUGGGUUUGUAUUAGUAAAGGAAGGGUCAACCCCGGUAACAGUGAACAUUUUUUGAGUUACUGGGGCUUCUCAGUCACUUAUAUCAGACAGUGUUCUAAAGUUUGGUGAUGAUUCUAACAUUGGUGAGGUAAAUCUUAUUAAAGUCAUUCGGGGCGACAUGGUUUCCGUGCCAUUGCACAAGGUAACUUUACUGUCAGGGUUCGUUUCAGGACCUGUUAAGAUCAGAUUAUGCUCCAGUUUACUGGUGGAAGAUGUUAGUUUGCUGUUAGGGAAUGACCUGGCAGAUUGUAAAGUUGUUCCUGCAGUGCAGUUGACAACUAACCCAACCACUGACGAGCCACAGAUGGAUUUUAACAUUUAUCCUUCCUGCACAGGAACUCGAAGUAUGGCUAAAAUGUCUGCCGAUGCGGGAGAGCUUACAGCAGAACAGAACCUAGACCCUGAGAUUGAAGCUUUAAAAGAAACAGCCCUCUCAGAUGAUGAGACUAAGAAAGUGCCAGCAGGGUGUUACUUCAAGGAUGGUGUGUUAAUGAGGAAGUGGAGGCCACCUGCUAUACCAGCGAGUGAGGAAUGGGAAAUUGUUCACCAAGUUAUAGUUCCUUAAGUUUAUAGGGCUGAAAUUUUAACUUUGGCCCACAGUAUACCCUUAGAUGGCCAUUUUGGAGUGAGUAAAACGGUAAACAGGAUUACGAAAUAAUUCUACUGGCCUAAUCUGUGGAAAGAUGUUACGAGCUUUUGCAGAACCUGUCACACUUGUCAAGUUGUGGGUAAACGUAAUUAGGUCACCCCAGUGCCCCACUGUGAUCUAUACCUGCAUUCGGUGAACCCUUUUCAAAAUUUAUAGUGGAUUGUGUUGACCCAUUGCCAAAGACUAAAGCUGGCCAUCAAUAUCUGCUAACUAUUAUGUGUACUGCAUCCGGAUUCCCAGAGGCAAUACCUCUCAGAAAUGUUAAAGCUAAAACUGUGGCGAAGGCUCUUACCAAGUUUUCUACAUUUUCUGGUUUGCGUAAAGAAAUCCAGUCUGAUCAAGGACAUGAUUUUACAUCUGGAUUAUUCCAGCAGGUAGUUUAUGAACUGGGAGCUGAACAAAUUACAUCAUCUGCAUACCAUCCAGAAUCACAAGGGGCUUUAGAAAAAUUUCAUUCCACCCUCAAAACAAUGAUUAUGAUAUUAAAAUGUUGAAAAUGGAAAAGACUGGGAUGAAGGUAUACAUUUAUUUUUGUUUGCAGUAAGAGAGUCGGUACAGAGAUCACUGGGCUUUAGUCCAUUUGAACUUGUAUUUGGUCAGAGAGUGAGGGGACCUUUGACCUUGUUAAAGGAACAGUGGAUUGAUGGGGAUGUACAUGUUAACUUGUUAGACUAUGUUUUGAAGUUCAGAAAUAAACUACAUCAAGCCUAUAGUCUAUUGAGACAAAACCUAAAGAUUUCUCAAAACAGGAUGAAGUGUUGGUUUGAUAAGCGGGCUUGCAAACGAAAAUACCAGGUGGGGGAUAAGGUGCUUGCCUUAUCUCCAAUGUUGACAAAUCCACUUCAGGCGAAAUUCAACAGACCGUAUGAAAUAGUCUCUCAAAUUAAUGAUGUGAAUUAUGUUAUUAAAACGCCCGACUGAUGUAAACUAACACAGGUGGUACAUAUAAAUAUGAAAAAGCCUAAUUUUGACAAGCAGGCACCGUCUGUGAGUGUUGUUGUCAAAACAUAUGAAUCUGGUAACCCUGAGAAUGAAACAAUUGACUCAUCUGAGACUUUUCACAAGUCAAACGUGG